AUAACAACAAGCAGCAUGUGGCACGCUCCUAAAAAGAGACAGCCCCUUCUAGAUCACAGAGUCACACAGCAGCAACACGAGAGUAAAGAGGGAAAAAGUAAAAGAAAAUGUCAAGACGUCACCUUUUCUGCUGAGUGCUUGCUGCAAAUACAUUGAAGGACCCCUGCAGAAGCCUUUUAUAGAGGAUGGUCCGAGCAGCAAUGGAGGUGUUUCACUACAAAGAUAAAGAGCAUUCAUCCAACUUGCUCCUCCAGCUCAAUAGCCUCAGACAGGAGAAACUUCUCACAGAUGUGUUACUGUGUUCCGACAACACGGAGAUCCACUGCCACCGCAACGUCCUGGUCUCCAGCAGCCCCUACUUCCGAGCCAUGUUCUGCAACAACUUCAUGGAGAGGCGGCAGGCCAGGAUCAACCUGCAUGGUCUGACGUCAGCCAUAUUGAACACUAUCAUAGACUAUGUUUAUACUGGCCUGGCUCAUAUUACCAUGGAUAAUGUGCUGCCCCUCAUGCAGGCCACAUCUAUGCUACAGUAUGUUCGUCUUUUCGAGGCCUGCUCCAGUUUUCUUCAGGAUCACCUGAGGCCUGACAACUGCUUGAGUAUGAUAAGGUUCUCAGAGAUCAUGAACUGUAACACUCUGAGAGAAAAGGCAAAGGAUAUGGCAAUGAAGAGCUUCUGUGACGUGUCUCUUUCGGAGGAUCUGUGCGAGCUCUCUUUACCAGAGCUGAUGGGCUACCUGGAGGAUGAUAGUCUGUGUGCAGAGGAGGAGCAGGUCUUUGAUACACUUGUUGCUUGGAUCCACCAUGACCCUUUAUCCAGGCGGUGCACCAUCAGUGACCUUUUUAAGAAAGUACGCCUUCGCUACAUCCACCCCACCUACCUGUUCCAGUUCAUCGCCAGCGACCCUCUGAUCCAGUCCUCCACACUCUGCAUUGAGCUCAUUGAAUCAGUCCGACGCCUCAUGUUUUCUGUCAGCAUCAAAUCUUUGGGGGACUUGACAGGUGACUUCAAGCCUGUAUGGGUUGCACCAAGGCGCUGCACCUACCAUGACAAUCUGGUGGUGGUUGGAGGGAGGAAGAACAAUGAGCAGACCUCCAGAGAAGCUUUGGUGUUUGAUGAGAAGCGCCAGGAGUGGAAGCGUUUGGCCAAACUUCCGAACAGACUGUACAAAGCUUCCUACGUGGCCCUUCACAGUGUGGUGUAUGUUAUUGGAGGCCUGAGCACCAAUACAAAAUACUGCCAAGUCAGCACAACCGUCUACACCCUCUCCCUCAAGACCAACGAGUGGCGGGUGGCCCAGCCCAUGCUGGAACCUCGCUUUGCCCACCAGAGUGUCUCCUACCUGCACUUUAUCUUCGUGCUGGGCGGGCUCGGCUCUGACAGACGCCUGACAGACAGCGUGGAAAGGUACAGCAGCAUGUUCAACCAAUGGGAGACCAUGGCCCCCAUGCCCGAGGCUGUGCUCAACCCUGCUGUGGCGGCCACCAACCAGAGGAUCUACAUGUUUGGAGGGGAAGAUGCCAUGCAGAACCCAGUCCGACUCACUCAGGUGUAUCACAUUGCCAGGAACCUGUGGUGCAAGAUGGAGACCAGAACAGUGAAGAAUGUGUCUGCUCCUGCUGCUGUGAUUGAUGAAAAGAUCUACAUUGUCGGAGGAUAUACCAGGAGGAUGAUCGCGUAUGACACUAAGGCUAACCGCUUCCUCAAGUGUGCCAACUUGAAAGAGAGGAGGAUGCAUCAUUCAGCUACAGUGCUCAAUAACAAACUCUACAUCACCGGCGGUCGCUACAUCAACGGCCAUGAUGUUAUUGAGGACUCAGACACUUUCGAGUGCUACGACCCAAAGACAGAUGCUUGGACAGCCAAAGGGAGUCUUCCGUAUAAACUCUUUGACCAUGGCUCUCUUACGCUGACUUGUGUGUCACAGACGUGGACUAACGCGGAGCUGUGAGAGUCAUUUAUAAUAUUGAUCAAAAUGAAAGGCUGUCUCGAUGCAGAAAUAACUCAUUUAAAAAAGGGAGCUGCUGUAGCCUGCCAACUCACCCGCUAACCCUCACUCGCAGACAAGAGUGGAAGCGACUCCCGCUCUUGAGGUCACUCACUUGGCCGCGCACAUAUCCAACCCACGAAUUCUAGAGGUAUUAGACUUUAUGAAACAAGUUCAUUUAUUUACCAUGUCUUUUAUUAUGUUAGUAUGGUUUUUAUACAAGACUGGUAGUAUUUUGUUGAUUAAAAUGUAACAAGAAAUGUGGUGUUUUUUGUUUUUUUGGGUGCUGCAAAGGGUUAAUGACACUUCAAUUUAUUUCAAUGGGGAAAAUGUAUUUGCCAUACAAGUAAAUUGAGUUACAAGCUUAGUCAUGGAACACAUUACAGUCAUCAACUUUACUUUUUUUUUUUUUUUUUUUUUUUCCUGUUAAAAUAUGUCUACUGGGCAGUUUGAGGUCACUAAACGUAAAUAUAGUUACAAUUUGUCUGUUCACUACACGGUAAAGUUUCAAAACAUUUCUGCACUCACUGCAAUGAAAAAACAUGAUGAAAUUAAUGUGCUAACCAUAAAAACAUCGUAUUAAACUAUCUUAAAAAAGAAUAAUAACUUGAGUUACCACCUAUAAUUCGUGAACAGGAUAUGAUCUUGCUGGGGCCUCCACUGUCAUCAAAAUACUGUAUAACUUGUUCAGCAAAAUAUCGCAUUUUACAGACUGUACUGUUAAAUACUGUUGCAUGCAGUAAAUUGGUGGUCUUUUUGAAGCAAACAACUGUUUUGUUAUAACUGCUUUUUCCUUAUAAUCCAUGGAGUAAUCAUGUUGUCAUGUGAACCUUCCGCUAUUUCUUGUUUGGGCUUUUUACUGUUUCUUCUCUGUAUAAAGUUGUAUAUGUCGUUUAAUUUUGACCUUUUGCAGUGUUUGUACAAAAACGGUGUUUUUUUUAAUCUCAGUGAAAUA